AUGUCUCGCAGGAGGCCUAGAGUGCAUCGCUUUUGGGUACAUCCAAUACUCCGAAAACGUCAGCAACGGGGGGAAUACCACUGUCUGGUCCAAGAGCUCCGUCUGGAUGACCACCUGUUCCACCAGUAUUUUCGGAUGAGCAAAAACGUGUUCGACGAGUUGCUCGGAAAAGUGGGUCCACUGAUCACAAAGGUGGACACCAAUAUGCAUGUGUCUAUCGGACCCGCCGAGCGACUCGCCAUCUGCCUACGGUACCUGGCAACUGGUGAUUCAUACAGGACCAUAGCAUUCAGCUAUCGGGUCGGGCAUGCAACAGUGGCUGUCAUCGUCAAGGAGGUUGCGGGUGCCAUCUGGACCGCCCUGGUUGAGGAGACCAUGCCAGUACCACAGCCGGAGGACUGGAGAGCCAUCGCUGCUGAGUUUCAUGAGAUCUGGAACUUUCCGAAUUGCGUUGGUGCCAUUGAUGGGAAGCACGUGGUGAUCCAGGCUCCGGCAAAUUCUGGGUCCCUCUACUUCAACUACAAGUCCACCCACUCCUUGGUACUGCUGGCUGUCGUGGAUGCCCGGUACCUCUUCAGGGUAGUGGAUGUUGGAGGAUUUGGAAGGAGCAGCGACAGUGGGAGCCUGCGGAAUUCUGCAUUUGGAGAGAGCCUCAGAGAUGGCAGUCUGCAGCUACCACCUGACACCGUCAUCCCAGGAGCAGAGCAGCUGGGCCUUCUUCCCCAUGUGUUUGUAGGAGAUGAGGCUUUUCCGCUGCUGGACAACCUGCUGCGUCCAUUCCCUGGACGUCACCUCACCCGUGAAAGGAGGAUGUUCAACUACUGCCUCAGCAGGGCCAGGUUGGUGGUUGAAUGUGCGUUUGGCAUCCUCUCAUCCCAGUGGAGAAUGUUCAGGCGUGUCAUCACCACCAGCCCGGAGGUAACAGAGUUGUGUGUGAAGGCCACCUGUGUGUUGCACAACUUCCUCCGCAGGAAGACGAUAGGAAGGCGAUCACGCACACCUCUUGUCGAGUCCACGGAUGAAGAUACUCCAACCCUGUGUGAUGCACCGAGGAUGGGCUCCAACAAUGCCACACGCAGAUCCAUCCAACUGCGGGAGACCUUCAGCUCCUAUUUUAAUGAGGAGGGUGUACUGCCAUGGCAGCAGUAUGUGGUGUAGGGUCACCA